AGAGAUCGACACCAGGAGCUUCACAAGCCUUUUUAUGCGGUCAGUCCAUACGUAUUACAACUACAAUAUUAAGAUUGCCGCUUAUUCUGUUGAUUAUUUCGUUAUCCACUAAAAAAAUUUCCCAAGAAAAUCUGAAUUUGCCAUGAAAGUUCUGGUGCUAGCCCCUUCUCUAUAUAAGGCUUUUUCUCCUCUCUCUCUUCGCAAUCCUUUCUUGUUUCCAUACGCUUCUUCAUCUAUUUUCACCCUUUCCAAGCAUCUCCAUUUCAAUCCCAUGGCUGCUUGUGUUGACACUCCUAGAACGGACACCUCUCAUCUUUCUCGCGAUCCAAACAGGUCUCAAGCGGAUGAUAACUUUUACAAUUUUGCGAAAUUUUGUCAACCCAGUUUCUCCGAUCGUGUUUCUGGCUUACCCUUUACCAAGAAUCAUAUGAAAACCAUGCAUACGCAGUCUGUUGUUGAAGAUCUCCACCACGAAUACGAUGAUAGAGAAGAUCCAUGGCUCAAAAUGCAGGAGGAAGCAAGGUUAGAUGUUGAGCAGGAACCAAUUCUAUCCAGCUACUACUAUACCUCCGUUUUGUCUCAGAAGACACUAGAAAGGGCGUUGGCGAAUCAUCUCGCAAUCAAGUUGAGCAAUUCUAGCCUUCCUAGUAGUACUCUGUUUGAUAUUUUUGUAGGGGUUCUUGAAGAGAAUCGAGACAUCAUUAGUGCGGUGAAGGAGGAUUUGAUAGCUGUGAAGGAAAGAGAUCCAGCGUGCAUAAGCUACGUGCACUGUUUCUUGAAUUUCAAGGGGUUUCUGGCGUGCCAAGCCCAUAGAGUAGCGCAUAAAUUAUGGACCCAAGGUAGAAAUGUUUUAGCUAUAUUGAUACAAAACAGAGUAUCUGAGGCUUUUGCAGUCGAUAUUCAUCCAGGAGCAAGGAUUGGACAUGGUAUAUUACUCGAUCAUGCUACAGGAGUAGUUGUUGGAGAGACUGCUGUGAUUGGGAACAAUGUGUCAAUCUUGCAUAAUGUGACUUUAGGUGGUACUGGGAAGAUUUCUGGAGACAGGCAUCCAAAGAUUGGUGAUGGGGUUUUGAUUGGGGCUGGGACUUGUAUUUUGGGUAACAUUAGGAUUGGUGAUGGAGCCAAGAUUGGGGCUUGUUCUGUGGUGUUGAAGGACGUGCCACCCAGGACCACUGCUGUCGGUAACCCAGCUAGAUUGGUUGGAGGGAAGCAGAACCCAAUUAAGCUUGACAAGAUUCCCAGUUUUACCAUGGACCACACUUCGCACAUAGCUGAGUGGUCUGAUUAUGUUAUUUAGAUGGCUUUUUUCCUAGUUAGAAUUUGGAAAUUUUGGUUGGUAUUUUGGGAUUUGAGAAUUUGCCUUCUGUUGUAUUUGAGAACCGAAGUUCUCCUAGUGAACAGAGAAGGCUGUGUUCUAAUCCUACCUAGUGAUAAUAUAAUCUUACCUUAGUGUUUUAAUUUUA